AAAAUGUAUGCUUGCUGAGUAUUCACGCGGUUUCCGACUUCCUUCGCUAAAAUAAUAAGAAAACGAAAGCGACAACGCUUACCUCUGGUACACGGACGCGUGUCCGGCAGCUAAAUUGGACUACGGAACUUUCCAGAGGCUAGCGCGGAGAUAUGAGCGAUAUGGGAGAUAGCAGCCUUGAUAUCCUGUUUUGAAACACGUCCGUCUGGGUUUUAAAUACACAGCGUUGACAGGCUACUUGUACUGUUGUACCGUUAAGACCUCGUGGAGUAAGGUUUCCGAGGGGCUGGUGCGCUUGUCUGUUUGCCCACCUCUAAGCAGCGAUAUCGGACAGCCUUUUGUGCUCGCGCACGCCAAUGCCUUCGCCGUCGCUUCGGUAUAGGUGAGAAGCAAUGGAGUACUCGGAGCACAUCAAAACCGCUAACGUGGAAAACGUGGUCCUGACGCGGCCCUUCCACGCACCCAUUAAAGGGACACUGUGCGUGACGGCCCACCACCUCCUGCUCUCCGGUCGGGACGGGGACAGCUCCGCGCAGCUGUUGCUGCUUCUGAGAAACAUCGAUGCCAUUGAGAAAAGCGUUGAAAACCUGGUGGGAUACUCUGGCCUGUUUUCUAGGAGCUCAGGCCCGGGUGAAAGGACCUCCGGAUCCUCAGGGACCAUCACCAUAAAGUGCAAGGACCUGUGCGUGCUCCAGCUGGACAUUCCUGGCAUGGAGGAGUGCCUGAACAUCGCCAGCUCUAUAGAGGCGCUGUCCUCUCUGGAGAGGGUCACGGAGAUGUAUCCCUUCUUCCACAGGCCUCACUCUCUCAGUCUGCAGGGCCGUUGGGGUUUGUCAUCUCCAGAGGAGGACUUCGCACGUAUCCAGCCUCUGACUGACAGGUGGAGACUGAGCCAGGUGAACGGGGAUUAUUCCGUCUGCCCCUCCUACCCCCCCGCCCUCAUCGUCCCGCGGCAGAUCGACGAUGAGACGCUGGCCAAGGCCGCCAAGUUCCGGCAGGGGGGCCGCUUCCCCGUCCUGUGCUUCUACCACAGGAAGAACGGCAAGGUGAUUAUGCGCAGCAGCCAGCCUCUGACGGGAGCCAAUAGGAAGCGCUGCAAGGAGGACGAGCUCCUCCUCCAGGCCGUGAUUGAGGGGUCAGAGCUGGGCUACGUCAUCGACACGCGUGGCGCACAGCUGGCUCAGCAGGCCCGGGUGACGGGCGGUGGGUUCGAAUCCAAAUCCAACUACAUCUCCUGGAAGAGGCUGCACCGGAACCUGGAGAGGGGGAAGGUGCUGCAGGAGAGCCUGGUUAAGCUGGCAGAGGCCUGCAGUGAUCAGUCUCACAGCAUGGACCGCUGGCUGAGCAAGCUGGAGAACUCAAAAUGGCUGUCCCACGUCAACGCCGCCCUGGCCACCGCGGGCCUGCUGGCCGAGUGUGUGGAGAGGGAGGGCUGCUCGGUUCUGGUCCACGGCUCGGACGGCACAGACACCACGCUGCUGCUCACCACGCUGGCCCAGCUCAUCCUGGAGCCUCGCUGUCGCACGCUGCCCGGCUUCCUGGCGCUGCUGGAGAGGGAGUGGGUGCAGGCGGGACACCCGUUCCAGCAGCGCUGCGCCCGCUCGGCGUACUCCCACGCCCGGCUCCGGCAGGAGGCCCCCACCUUCCUGCUGCUGCUGGACUGCGUGUGGCAGCUGGGGCUCCAGUUCCCCCUGGCCAUGGAGUUCGGGGAGCCCCUCCUGCUGCAGCUGGCCCGGGACGCCUACGCCUCCGACUUCGGCUCCUUCCUCUGCAACAGCGACAGGGAGAGGUGCGAUUUGGGGGUGAAGGAGAACACGCACUGCCUGUUCCGCUUCCUCUCCAGCCCCAGAGAGAGAGGCCGGCUGGCCAACCCCCUGUACCAGCCCACGGAGCUGGCCAUCUGGCCGUCGGUCCAGCCCCAGUCCCUGCAGCUGUGGAGAGGCCUAUUCUUCAGGUGGACGCAGGGUGCCCAGUAUCUAGAAGAAGCCAGGGAGGAGAUCCGUAACCUGGUAACGCAGAGCAGGGGGCGGGGCUGUGGGCGGAGCGUGGUUCCUAUGGAGACCGAGGGUUCCGUUCCCUCCUCCAGGGUUGUGGAUUGCUGACGGAGGACCCGCAUCUUGUGUGCAGGAGGGUUCGGCAUUCAUCAGCUGUCACUCAAACCCGAGGUUAAACUGUCAUUUCACUUGGACUGCUGAGAGCGGGAGAGGAGGUGGAAUCAGAGGUCAGAGGUCAGCUGUUUCGCUAAUUCCAAGUUGAAACUGUGCAAUGGGAUUCUGGGAGGUGGAGUCACCUGGUCAGAGGCCUUUUGUCAAAUACAAAUUCAACUUAAAGUGCGUGCCACGUGAUCUUGACUGCAUGGGUCAAGUGAGUGUGUGUGUGUGUGUGUGUGUGUGUAUGUAUGUGUGUGUGUGUGUGUGUGUGUGUGUGUAUG